AUGGCUCCUUUAGAGGUGCCUACCUCGGCUGCACUCGUUGUACCCACCCCUACCAUAUUUAUGGUACCACCAGGGGUACCACCAGGGGUACCACCGGCAUACUCGGCACCUGCUCCGGUCGAGCCUACGGCGUACCAGGCACCACCGCCACUUGGACUUACAUUGUACCCAGCACCCACACCAGCGGUACCAGUUGCUCCAUUUCCGGUACCACCACCUAUCAUACCUCCAGUCGCGGCCACUCAUAUCGACCCCGCAGUACCACCAGUGGUAUAUGCUCCAGUUUAUGUAGCAGCGCCGGGAGUACCUCCCCCCGUAUAUCCAGCAGUACCACCUGUAGCACCAACUCCAGGGAUUCCACCAGUUCCCGUGUCGAUCCCUACCUACCUCACUGAUAUUGUCACGACACGAGCCUGA